ACGGUCCCCCCGUAUUAUUGUUCCCCUGUUCUUCGCAGCAGUCGAAGCAGUUGCUAGCUAUGUUUCCAGUUGGUUUUCAUCAGUUAGCUAUUCUUUUACCAGCCCUGACUUAUUAUUGUCUGAUAAUCUUAUUUUAAAGCAAUGCUAAGAACGUGUAUUCGGUCUGUGUUAGACACGAUAAUUAAAACAUCGUGUUUAAAACGGAUGGGACCUUGUUAGUCUGUCCGGAAUUUAUCAAAUUUAGAGAUAACAUUUUACAACUGAUAGCUAGUUAGCUAGCUACAUGUUUGUAAAGCCGUGAAUGUCUAUUUAAUGUAUUGGUGAGUGAACUUGGUUGACGUUAGAAGCGAGUAACUCACCGUAAAAAUGGAUUCGGAGCGUGGGAGAGACAGCGGGAGUUGGGACUGGGACAGCCCGCAGUGCCGAGCCCAACUGGACGAGAUCUUUUUCCGCCGACAUGACUACAUCCAGGCCGGCAGCCAGGAGCACAGAGAGUUCUGGUCUUUCUUUGACCGAUUCCAGAGGUAUAAAACAAAGAGGGACAUGUCUGCAGCAGGAGCAAAAGAGGACAGGAAAGACGGGAGAAAGACUGGCGCUGGAGCGCUGGACCUCGGUCUCCCUGAUGAGUACGAUGCCCGCUACAGGAUCAACGUGUCUGUGUGCACCGGGGAUGUGGAGGAGCGCCUGGGGAAGUCCGAGCACAGAUGCCGGCAGAGAGCCUCAGGUCCAGGCAGCCAGGAGGUCUCAGACUGCCGCCUGGCUCUGCUGCACUUCCUGGACUUCAGCCAGAGACAGAGCUUUGGGAAGCUGGCCAAGCUUCGCCGGGAGCAGAAGAACCUGCCCAUCUUCCAGUACCGGGACCGGAUAGUGGAGCUAGUGCGACAGCACCCCGUGGUUGUUGUGGCGGGUGACACGGGCUGUGGGAAAUCUACCCAAGUACCUCAGUAUCUUCUCUCGGCUGGAUUCAACCACAUAGCCUGCACCCAGCCUCGGCGCAUCGCCUGUAUCUCCCUGGCCAAGAGGGUCAGCUUUGAGAGUCUUAAUCAGUACGGCUCAAAGGUGGGGUACCAGAUCCGCUUUGAGACCACCCGGACCCCGGCCACCAAACUGCUAUUCCUGACGGAGGGGCUGCUGCUGCGGCAGAUCCAGAAGGACCGGACUCUAGACCAGUACCAGGUGUUGAUCGUGGACGAGGUCCAUGAGAGACACCUCCACUGUGACUUCCUGCUCGGGGUCCUGCGCUCUCUGCUGGCGGAGCAGCCAGACCUGCGUCUCAUCCUCAUGUCAGCCACCAUCAACAUCAAGCUCUUCUCCGACUAUUUCAACAGGGCUCCUGUGCUGCAGGUACCAGGCCGCCUGUUCCCCAUACAGGUGAUAUACCAGCCCAUUCCAGCUGAGGAGCAGCCCUCGCGUUCAGAGAAACUGGAUCCAAGACCAUAUCUGCGCAUCCUCCAGGGCAUCGAUCAGCGUUACCCUCCAGAGGAGCGCGGCGACCUGCUUAUCUUCCUCAGCGGGGUGGCGGAGAUCUCCACCAUCCAGGAGGCCUGUCAGGUUUAUGGCACACACACACGCCGCUGGAUAGUCUUACCGCUGCACAGCACCCUCUCACUGGCCCAGCAGGAUAAGGUGUUUGACAUUUCUCCUCCUGGGGUGAGAAAGUGCAUCAUCUCUACCAAUAUUGCAGAGACCUCGGUAACAAUAGAUGGAGUGCGCUUUGUUGUAGACUCAGGGAAGGUAAAGGAAAUGAGUUUUGACCCUAAGGCUAAGAUGCAGCGUCUGCAGGAGUUCUGGAUCAGCCGAGCCAGCUCCGAGCAGAGGAAAGGGCGAGCCGGGCGCACGGGUCCAGGAGUGUGUUACCGCCUGUACGCGGAGUCGGACUACGAUGCCUUCGCCCCUUAUCCUGUCCCUGAAAUCCACAGAGUGGCACUGGACUCCCUCAUUCUUCAGAUGAAGAGCAUGUGUCUUGGAGAUCCUCUUUCUUUCGUGUUCAUUGACCCGCCUCCAGCUGCUAGUAUCCAGACGGCAAUCACUUAUCUGAAGCAGCAGGGGGCGCUAGACGCUCAUGGAGAACUGACCUCCAUUGGUAGUUUGCUGGCACAGCUGCCUGUGGAUGUGGUCAUAGGGAAGAUGCUGGUGCUGGGCUCUCUGUUUAAACUGGUGGAUCCCGUGUUGACGGUAGCGGCGGCCCUCAGUGUUCAGUCGCCUUUCCUGCGCAGCGCACAGCACAACCCUGACUGCGCCACCGCCCGCCAGCCCCUGAACAGCAACCACGGAGACCCCUUUACCCUGCUCAACACCUUCAACGCCUGGGUGGAGGUCAGUAAUGGACACUUUAUUAGACAGCGGCUUUUUGAUAUGAACAAAGAGUUGCUGAGGAGCCACGGCCUGCUGGAGUCAGAGCACAGUGCUCCCCCUGGCGGUGACCGCGGGCAACGCAGGGAAAGGCUAGCCGAGAGGAAGAAGCUGCAUCAGCUCAAGAGAGACCACGAGCAGCAGGAGAGCGGCAGGCGUAAAGUCCUGAGGAUGGACGAGGGCCAGGACGGAGAGUUCUCCUCGGGAUCCGACACCGAGGGAGGCCGCGCAGGCAAGAAGGACCAGGAGGGAUCGGGACAGAACAUGGACAUACAGGAGGUAAAGUUCAAGUUGCGUCACAACGUAUCGGAGCUGCAGGAGGCGGCCAGCGUCAGUCAGGACAUGUCCUCCCGCCAGCAGGCUCUGCUCAAGCUGCUGCUGUGCCGAGGCCUCUACCCCCAGCUGGCCCUGCCGGACGAACACAACACCGCCCGCAAGGACUCGGACCAGGUGUUUCACACAAAGAAUAAGCAGGGAGUGGUAAUUCACCCGACGAGUGUGUUUGCCAGUGACCCAGAGGUGCUACAAGUACCUGAGGACGACACCAGGGAAAUGGGGCCUGAUAGGAGGGACAGCACCAGACACCAGCUGCUGGCCUUCGUCACUCUGUUAGAGACCAACAAGCCAUAUUUGUCCAACUGCGUGCGGGUUCCAGCGCUGCAAGCUCUGCUGCUGGUGGCCAACUCUGUGGACAGUAACGCUGACUGCACGCGUCUGGUGGUGGACGGCUGGCUGGAGCUGGAGCUGCGGGAGGCGGAGGACGCCCUGAAGGUGCUGUCCACCGCUCUCACCCUCAGGGCCGAGUGGGAGCGCCUCCUGUUGGCCCAGCUGGGACAGAGCACGAUGGGGGGAGCAGCAGUCCAGGGGGUGUCCCGCAAAGUCCUAGAGAAGCUGAGCGAAGGACUGGUCCGCUUCCUGCUUUACACUGAGGUGAGUUACAGCCUGCGGCGACUCACAGCGUUCCAGACCCAGAACCUGUACAUCGGCCCCCAGUCCCAGUCGGAGCUGUCUCACGCCAACGCUCCGGAUGUUAACCCGCUGUUUCCAGGAGUCGAGGCCAAGCCGGACCCCAUUAAAGGAGGCCUGCGUGUCGCCAGCUUCUUCAACUACAACUGUCUGACUGACUCGAAGGAUCUCUACAGUGAGUGUUUACGCACUUUCUGGACCUGUCCUAACUGUGACCUGUACAUGCCUCUGACUCCACUGGAACGCAUGCAGCACGAGGCCUCCUGCAGGCCGGCAGGGGAACAGCAGCAGCCGGAAGAAGAGCCAGAAGGUGGGAAGGCGAGCUCAUCCUCGGUGUCCAGUCUUACCAGAGUUUAUCACUGCGACGUCUGCGAUGAAGACCUGGCGCUCACCUCCACUGAGAUCCUCAAACAUAAAAGACAGCACAUGUAUUCUGUUAAGUAGAGGACAACCGUCCAUCCUGUUGAGGACAGACUUGAGUUUAUACAACAAAGUUAAUGUUUUGUUUGGUUUCACCGCUCUUCUUACCUGUUGUACUUGAGUAACUUUAUUAAAGUGCUAUUGCUUCCCUCUA